GAAAUCAACAAGGGCCCAUCCGGCUAUAUAUAUUCAAUAGAUUUGCUGUAUAGCUGUACCAGAUUCUACCAAAACUCAGCAACAUGUUGUUCGAGUUGUUGGUCUUGGCUUUUGCGACGGCUUCCGUAACAGCGGUGCCAGUAGUCCCGGAAGUGGAAGUCCAGGAAUAUCCCCGGUUCAUCGAGUUCCCUGGAGGCGAUGGACAAAUGCACAGCGUGGAUUUAGAAGAAGAACCUGACUUGGAUCUAAUCGAAGCCGCCAACGAUCCUACCAACAACCGAUACUGGCUGUUUACCAGACGGAAUCCUGAUGUCGCCCAGCAAUUGGCCUACAAUGAUGAAGAGUCUGUGUUCAACUCCAACUUUGACGCCUCUAAGGAGGUCGUUGUCAUCUCUCAUGGAUGGCUGGGUGGCCAGAACAACAAUAUCAACCCUACUAUCAGAGACGCUUACCUCAACAGGGAUGACGUGAACGUCAUCGUCCUGGACUGGAGAUACCUUGCACUGGGCGGCUACAUAACUGCAGCAAGUGGCGUCCCGCGUGUCGGUCGCGGUUUGGGAUUGUUCCUGGAGUUCCUGAACAGGCUCACUGGCGCUCCUUACGACAAGAUGCAUUUGGUCGGAUUCAGUCUUGGAGCUCAUCUCGUCGGCAACGCUGGCAGAUUCCUCGACGGUCAAGUUGCUCGUGUUACUGGUCUGGACCCUGCUGGCCCUCUAUGGCGCACCAGCUCCAACCGUAUCUCCCCAUCUGACGCCCGCUACGUUGAAGCCAUCCACACCAACGGUGGUCUAGACGGUCUCGGCAUCGGCAUUUCUGUCGGUGACGUGGACUUCCACCCCAAUGGUGGCAGUUCCCAGCCCGGCUGUAUCACUCCCAUUUGCGACCACGAACGUGCCUGGAAGUUCUUCGCUUCCACCGUCACUCAUGACCAUCUGGUAGGAAGACGGUGCUCCAACUUCAUCCAGCUCAACCUUAACACUUGCAGAGGAGACCGGCUUAACAUGGGCAACUCUGAUUUGAAUAAAUCUGGAUCCGGAACCUACCGUGUCAACACCAGAUGGCGUUACCCAUAUUAAUUGAAAUACUUGAUUAUGAUCUGACAUUCUAUAAACGAUUCUUGCAUUAA